UUAGAUAUAGUCGUCCUUGACUCCGCGUUUGAUUUAAGGGUAUCCCGAUGGGUGGUGAUGGCGGUAGUAUACCUCGGCGCGAUGAUCUUGUCAAGCCCAAGAAGAAGCAAGAAGUUGCCGAACGUGAAGCGGCUAACAUGGCGCUUUGGAAACACUGUGCUCUUACACAAGAUCCCCUUCGUCAACCAGUUGUUUCUUGCUUACUGGGAAGGCUCUACAACAAAGAGUCAGUUAUCAAUAAACUUUUAAGCAAGUCAAACGGAGAUGGGUUUUCAGACCAUAUAAAGAAGCUACGAGACGUAAAGGAGUUGCGUUUAAGUUCAACGUCCUCAGAUAAUCAAGAACCUCAAGUAUUUUAUUGUCCAGUAACCGGCCUGGAAAUGUCAGGGAUCUAUCCUUUCGUUUAUCUAUGGAGUUGUGGCUGUGUCUUCUCCAGGAAGGCCCUUACGGAAGUCAGUAGCAACUUAUGUAUGCUGUGUGGUACAUCAUUUUCUUCGGAUGACAUUAUUUUAAUAAAUCCUCAAACUAAGGAUGAAAUCGAAGUUGCCAAAACAAGACUGAUCAAGUUUCAAACAGCUUCUAAGACUCGCAAACGAUCUUCAGCUAACCGCGUUUCUGAACAAUCAGAUCUCAUCGAUGAAAAUAAUAUCCCAAACAAAAAGACACUUGUUCAGGAUAAAACAUUGGAGGGUAAGAAAAAAUCCGAAACAUCAUCAGAACUUGAAAAACCAGUAAUAGAUCCUCAACCCCAGCAAGAAACCUCUGGGACAAGUAGAUCGAUUCAGGAAGAUCCUAAUUUAAGUUCUGCUUAUAAAUCAUUGUUUAAUACAUGUGAACAAGCUAAACGCCAGCAAAAAUCCCACUGGGUUACUUUUAAUCCCUUGUAUUUCAGAUAAACCUCUCUUUUCUCAACUAAUUUUGUGGAUUUCGUUAUUUUUUAAUGAUGUAUAUAAAAAUUUGUAAUAUGUUAAUUUGUCUUAUUAUAAAUAAACAAACAAAAUUUUUCGCAACAAAUAUUUUUUUAAACGAAUGGGGGUUGACAUUUUUCCAUGAUUUCACCAGUUAUUCAUAUUUGACCGUUAAGUAUUUUCUCAGGAGAUCUAAUUCAUGGAAAUAUCGGAUAGGAAUCUUUAUUUCUUCGUGUAGCUUAAACUGGAGUUACAUUUAAAAAGAAAGGUAAAGUGGAAGGGUACUCGCUUAUUUUCGCUGCGGAUUAUAACCCGUAUAAACAAGGAAUUAGUUCCAUGAACUAAAUCAAUUAGUCCAAACUGGUCCGUUCCAACUGAAGAUUUGAAUACAUAGGUCAGUUAUCUCAAACCAUUGAUAUUACAAUUUAGUGCACGAGCUGGAGUACAUUAAAGCAUUAUUUGUACAACCAACGUUGAUGGGGUUACUGACAAUCUGUUUUGAUGCAUAAAAGUUAAACAUGGAAUUUUAAAGAAUUCUGCGUUUCGAUUUGCGGAAUUCUAUGGUAUACACUACUUCCACUAGGUGGGUAAGUUUUAUCGUAAGAAGCACUGGUGUACUUCAGCGUUACUCAUAAAAUGUUAAAAAGGUUGGUGAGAUAGAAAGUCGUCCUAAUUAUUCAGAGCUGGGAUAAAGGAAACUUAAUAUGUUACAGUGAAACAUGAUUAUGGUGCUCUAAUUUACAGAAAUUGGAUUACAUUGGCAUUUGCUAUAUUAGUCCUGACCACCUCUAUAGGAGCUUGCACAACUACACAGCUGUAUGAACCUACCGAAUAAAUAAUCGUUUACAGUGGAUGCAAUACUUGCUCCCGAAUGCCCUGGUACGGC